CACCGGUAGUAAGUCAGUUUUUAACAAGUCGUUUCGUGGGUCGUGGGUCGUGUAAAUAUUGUAAGAACUUUUUCAAAAUAUAUACACCAAUGUUGCCUAAAGCCAGCGAUUAAAAACCACACACACAAAAGUAAUUAAAUGCUUAUAAAUGAAGAACUGUGCGAUAAAUAAGAGAAAACCCCAAUAUCAUCAAUGCCAAAUGUAACAACGAAGAAAAUUGCAAAAACGCCGCCGCCUUGGAGAACCUGAUACAAAAUCAAAAACAACAAAUUAAUUAAAAUAUAUCUAAGGAAAUCAAAAAAUACGUUGCGUACCUUACAACAAAAAGGAAGAGAAAAAGAGCGAAAUUUAAACGAAAUUAUUUAUUUUUUUUUUUGUUUUUUGGUUUAUUUCAUUUCGUUUUGCAUCGAUAAAAACGUGUUUGUUUUGCGUGCAACACUUUUUUCCAACGUGCGAAAAAAGCAUUGCAACGUUCGAAACAACACGUCGAUAAGUAACGGCCGCAAAAAUUCCCAAAUCCGGGGCAACUAGCAAACUGCAGCGCCUCAAAGCCAAAGCAGCUGCAAGUCAACGCUACGGCGGCAAUUAUCGCAAGUCCGGCAACACAGGCAGCAGCAACGGAGGUGGCGGCGGCGGCGGCGGUGGCAGCAGCGGGGGCGGUGGCGACAUAGCGUCAACAACAUUUACAACAACAAGCGGCUACAAUUAUCAACGCGGUGGCGCUGCGGAGGAGCGUAGCUUUGCUGCAACAGCGGCGACGUCGGCGUUGGCGUUGGCGUCAGCCGCAGCCUCCGAAACAGUUGGUGAAAAGUCAUAUCAUUACAACAACAAUAACAACAACAACAUCAGUAGCAGCAGCAACAACAACAACAACAAUUAUCAACAAAAGUCAAACUACACCAGUGCCAAUUACAAUAAUCAGACCCAAACAAACCACCUGCCUUAUCACCAGCAUACAGCAUACAACAGCAACGGGAACGGGAACAGCAGUAGCAACAUUAGCGGGAGCGGGAGCGGGAGCAGCAACGGGGCUACGAUGAUGAUGACCAAACAAAAGUCAACGCUCAACGAGCGCCUCAACAUCGGGGAUGAGGUGCGCGAGCUGAAACUGGGCGCCACAUUCAAUCCGAAAAACACAUCGACCGCAUUUCACACAAUCAAAUAUGACUUUAAGCCAGCGAGUGUGGAUACCAGUCGAAUGGCAACUGUCGAUGUUGGCUCCAAUAAUCAAGUUACUGUUACCGUGCCAAAUUUAGAAAGUUCCGGUGUGCCUCAUACAGUUUAUAAGGGUAAUCACAAAAAAUAUACAAAAGAAUGCUUAAUAAUUUUCGACAAGGAAACGGGUGCUAUCACAAUAGAGAAGCUAAAUCACAAUAUACAAGUCAAGAAGACAAGAAGCGAAAUGUCAAACAAGCCAAGCUUGAUGCCAGCUACAAAUGCGCCCUCCGCUUUCCCCAAUGGUAGUGGACCCGGACCCGGAUCCGGCUCUGGCUCUUUGCCCGUGCCCUCCUCGGGUCCUCGACCCACGCCGGAGAACAGCACCAUGCGCAUAACAUCCAAGACGAAAGUGUCCACAGGCAGUCGACGGAACAACAUAAUUGAUUACAAGCCCCGCAAUUCGCCCAUGCAGCAGAGCUCACCAUCGCGUCCAGUUGCCUCGCAUCGCAGUCCACAAUCAGCACCAGCCUGGCAUGCCAACAAUGCGCAACAAACAUUGCCAAGCAUCCCCAUGCUGUUGGACGAUGAUGACUUUGGUCUUGGAGCAGCCAUGCAUAAUGGCGGUCAGGCGAAUAUCUCGGGCUCCUCGACGGGUUCCUCGGUUGGCCAGCCGGAUUAUGCGUCAUCACACGGGCACAUGGGCAAACAGCGACAGGCGCCGUUGCAAAAUCAUGCCAAGCGUCAGCAGCUGACUCAACGCUCCAGUCCACCCAUGCAGCAUUUGCAACAGCAGCAACGGCACGAGCAACAGCAACAACAACACCACCAGCAGCAGCAACAACAUCAGCAGCAGCAGAAUUAUGGUCGUGGCAACAGCAACAGCAACAACUACGCACAACAACAGCAGCUGCAGCAACAGCGACCAUCGUUUAGCAACCAUAACAGCAAUAGCAUGCCCCUGGAUUUGGACUCGCCUAGCCAUCAUGAUCUGUCCUCACAGUCCGUUGCGCAAGCGGCUGCCGCGUUGGAACAGGAAAUGGCCUCCAGUUCGAGUUCUGAUUCGGAUUCGAGUGACAGCGACAGUGGCAGCGAUUCGGAUGACAGCAGUGUUCAGGAUCAACCUCAGUCACAGCAUCAUCAACAUCAAAUGCAACAUCAGCAGCACCACAAUCAACAUCAUCAGCAGCAACAUUUGAAUCAGCUGCCCAAUUUGGGACUGGGUUCGAUAUCGCCUGCUUAUAACAACCAUCAUCAGCAACAGCAAUCGCAUCAUCAUCACCAGCAGCAACAACAACAACAACAACACCAACAACAGAUGCAGCAGUCUGGCAUUUAUGCAUCCAACAAUGGAUUCCCCAAUGAUUUGCUACAAAACGAUCUGCAAUUGUCCUCAAAUUCGUCCGAUGAUGACGAUUAGCCGUUUUUAAUUCUCUUAACGUGUUUAGCUGUAAUUAUAUAACACACAAACAACAACAAAAACUGGAAAACUAGACAGAGAACAACCAAUAAAUGUAAAAACAAAACCUAAUAACAAGAAACAGCAAAACUGAAAAUACACCUUUUAUCGAUAUUGAUUCUCUCUGCGUUUAAUUAAGUUGAAAUUAUUAAAUGGUGAAUUUAAUUGCUAGUGAAAUUUUUAUAAAUAAAUUAUUAGUUCUAUGCAUUCAAAACAAAAAACAUACAAUCAUAACAUAUAAUCUAUUAAAUAAUAAUUUUUAACAUUAUCUAUAAAAUUUCAAUUACACAAGAUACAAAAAAAACAACGUGCUGCAUCAAAAACUACAAAGAAAAAAACGUUAACGAAUGUAAUUGUAAUUGUAAAAACAAGACAACAAAAAAAACAAAAACAAAGAAUGAUACGUACGUUUGCCAAUAUUUCAAUGUACAUUAAUUUUAGUACGAAAUCCAAGGUUAUGUGAAACUUGUUGGGAAUCCUGAAGAGCGCGCGCAAUAUUUAUAAAGUUACACAACAGAUACUACGAUACUACUACUACGACAACAAACAAAUUAUUUAGUUUCUAAUGGAAUAUACACACACUCAUACACACACACACAUUUAAUUGUUAAGUGACAAAAGUGAAAGGGAGAAAAAGAAAAAAUGACCAGAGCGGAUUUUUGCCAUUAAUUACGCAUUUUAUUCUAAGCAAUUUUCAGCUAACAAUUAGAGAUAAUUUACAAUUUGACAAAUAAUCAAACAAACAAACCAACAAACACCAAAAGAGACAGGACGGACAGAGCAACCAACAACAAUAGCAAUAAUUAAAUCAAUCAAUUAAAUCACAACAACAACAGCAACACAUGCUUAUUAUUUGUAAUUAUCAAUUAGUUUAUGCUUUUCUAUUUGUUUAAUACAUUUUACCUUUGACUUCAUUUAUAGUCAAGCCAAAUUGGAUUUAACUACAUAUGAUUUCUUUUUGUCAUUGUUAUGCAAUAAAUAGUUUAUGUUUAAGUAUAAUUUUCAAUUAUAUUUGUUAGCCUACCAUUAUACAUAUUUAGUAUAUUACAAGCAAGAGUAUUUUGUAAUUAAUUGCUACAGCGCCCUUUGAUUAGUGCCCCCGUUAACUACAACAGUGCGGAAUGAAGACAUUAAUGUUUUUUUAGCUCAUGUUUUAUUUGAAUUUAUUUGUAAUUUUUUAAUUAAUUUGUAAUAACUAUUAUUAUAAUUAUAAUUUUGUUAUGUGCUUGCAAUAAUUUAAAGCAAAGAAAUGAUGUGAAAAAAACCAACAAAAAUAAAUAUGCAUUGAAAGAACUUGACAAUUUGUUUCAUAUUUUCAAAUAAACAAUGUACAUACAUAAUUUUUGGAAUGUUGCGGUGCAAUAAUACUCAUAAUACAACUCCUUCCAAUAGAGCAAUGCACUUUAAAGAAAGAAAAGAAAAGAAAAUUAACAAAUAUGUCCACACAAUUAAAAUUUCUGUUAACAUUUAUAUGGUAAUAGCAUUUAAUUUUGCCAAAGCAAAAAAAGAACAAAAACUAAAAUCGCAUUUGUAAAGAACCAUCCAGAAGGAAAACGACCAACAGUUGAAACGUCUACAUCAAUAGAAAGUUGAGGAAUGAAAGGCAGAAGAUUUAUUAGAGAGUAAUAUGAUUAUUUUUAUUAAGCUUAUACUUAGUACUUACACUAACGAAUAUAAUGUCGAUUGAUUUCCAGGCCAUAGACUACAUACAUAUUUGUUUUAGAAAUUUACAUUUGAAACACCAAAA